GCUGCCGCCGCGACCCCGCGACCCCUCAGGCGGAGCCCGGAGCGCUGCGCUCGCCGCCGGCGGCGAUCCGCAGCCCCGGCGCCCCCGGAUCUCCCAGCCGCGCCACCUCCUUCCUCCUGCGCCCGUGGAUGCGGAGCGGAUCCCGGGCCUGAAGCGAGGGGAGCAGUCUUGGGGCACGCCUCACCCGGCCCCGCAGCCGGUCCCCGAGCACGCGGCUCCGGAGUUCCAGCACAGAUGAUCGGUGCCACCUGUGCCCUGGAAACCCACUCAGCACCCCUGCCCCAGCAUCCUGCCCUUCAGCCACAGCCAAGAAGAGGCUCGCAGCCUCCCCCAGGUCUCAUAAAGCUCUGGUAAGUGGCUGACACCGAGUCCAUCGUCUGAGCCCAUUUCUCCAGGACUAGUAGAGGCAGCCAUCAGUCAAGAUGCCGAGGAACCAGGGCUUCUCAGAUCCCGAGUACUCGGCAGAGUACUCAGCCGAGUACUCCGUCAGCCUCCCCUCAGACCCUGACCGCGGGGUUGGCCGGACCCAUGAAAUCUCCGUGCGGAACUCGGGAUCCUGCCUGUGCCUGCCGCGCUUCAUGCGGCUGACCUUCGUGCCAGAGUCCUUAGAGAACCUCUACCAGACCUACUUCAAGAGGCAGCGCCAUGAGACGCUGCUGGUCUUGGUGGUCUUCGCAGCCCUCUUCGACUGCUACGUGGUGGUCAUGUGCGCUGUGGUCUUCUCCAGCGACAAGCUAGCUCCCCUCGUCGUGGCUGGGAUCGGGCUGGUGUUGGACAUCAUCCUCUUUGUGCUCUGCAAAAAGGGGCUCCUCCCGGACCGCGUGAGCCGGAAGGUGGUACCCUACCUGCUGUGGCUGCUCAUCACAGCUCAGAUCUUCUCCUACCUGGGCCUGAACUUCUCCCGUGCCCAUGCAGCCAGCGACACUGUGGGCUGGCAGACCUUCUUUGUCUUUUCUUUCUUUAUCACGUUGCCCCUCAGCCUCAGCCCCAUCGUGAUCAUCUCUGUGGUCUCCUGUGUUGUGCACACGCUGGUCUUGGGGGUCACCGUGGCUCAGCAGCAGCAGGAGGAGCUUCAAGGGAUGCAGCUGCUGAGGGAGAUCCUGGCCAAUGUCUUCCUCUACUUGUGCGCCAUCAUCGUGGGCAUCAUGUCCUACUACAUGGCAGACCGCAAGCACCGUAAAGCCUUCCUGGAGGCCCGCCAGUCACUGGAGGUGAAGAUGAACCUGGAGGAGCAGAGCCAGCAACAGGAGAACCUUAUGCUUUCCAUCCUGCCCAAGCAUGUGGCUGAUGAGAUGUUGAAGGACAUGAAGAAAGAUGAGAGCCAGAAGGACCAGCAGCAGUUCAACACCAUGUACAUGUACCGGCAUGAGAACGUCAGCAUCCUGUUUGCAGAUAUUGUGGGUUUCACCCAGCUGUCCUCUGCCUGCAGUGCCCAGGAGCUCGUAAAACUACUCAACGAGCUCUUUGCCCGCUUUGACAAGCUGGCGGCUAAAUACCACCAGCUGCGGAUCAAGAUCCUGGGAGACUGUUACUACUGCAUCUGUGGGCUGCCGGACUACCGGGAGGACCAUGCUGUGUGCUCCAUCCUCAUGGGCCUCGCCAUGGUGGAGGCCAUCUCGUAUGUGCGGGAGAAGACCAAGACGGGAGUGGACAUGCGUGUGGGGGUACACACAGGCACUGUGCUAGGUGGCGUCCUGGGCCAGAAACGGUGGCAGUAUGAUGUGUGGUCCACUGAUGUCACUGUGGCUAACAAGAUGGAGGCUGGAGGUAUUCCAGGGCGAGUGCACAUCUCUCAGAGCACCAUGGACUGCCUGAAAGGGGAGUUUGACGUGGAGCCUGGUGAUGGGGGCAGCCGCUGUGAUUACCUAGAGGAGAAGGGCAUCGAAACCUACCUCAUCAUUGCCUCCAAGCCAGAGGUGAAGAAAACUGCCCAGAAUGGUCUCAAUGGCUCGGCCCUGCCAAAUGGAGCCCCAAUGUCCUCCAAGCCCAGCUCCCCUGCCCUUAUUGAGACCAAGGAACCCAAUGGGAGCACCCAUGCCAGCGGCUCCAUGUCGGAGGAGGCUGAGGAGCAGGAGGCCCAGGCCGACAACCCCUCGUUCCCCAACCCCCGCCGCAGGCUGCGCCUCCAGGACCUGGCAGACCGUGUGGUGGAUGCCUCUGAGGAUGAGCACGAGCUCAAUCAGCUGCUCAACGAGGCCUUGCUGGAGCGGGAAUCUGCCCAGGUGGUGAAGAAGAGAAACACCUUCCUCCUGACCAUGCGGUUCAUGGACCCUGAGAUGGAAACACGCUACUCUGUGGAGAAGGAGAAGCAGAGCGGGGCCGCCUUCAGCUGCUCCUGUGUCGUCCUGUUCUGCACAGCUAUGGUGGAGAUCCUCAUUGACCCCUGGCUCAUGACAAACUACGUGACCUUUGUGGUUGGGGAGGUACUGCUCCUGAUCCUGACCAUCUGCUCACUGGCUGCCAUCUUUCCUAGGGCCUUUCCUAAGAAGCUUGUGGCCUUUUCAUCUUGGAUCGACCGGACACGCUGGGCCAGGAACACCUGGGCCAUGUUAGCCAUUUUCAUUCUAGUCAUGACCAAUGUUGUGGACGUGCUUAGCUGUCUCCAAUACUACAUGGGACCCUACAAUGGGACAGCUGGGAUAGAGCUGGAUGGUGGCUGUCUGGAGAACCCCAAGUAUUACAACUACGUUGCUGUGCUGUCCCUCAUCGCCACCAUCAUGCUAGUGCAGGUCAGCCACAUGGUGAAGCUGACGCUCAUGCUACUCGUCACUGGCGCGGUGACUGCCAUCAACCUCUAUGCCUGGUGUCCCGUCUUUGAUGAAUACGACCACAAACGCUUUCAGGAACAUGACUCUCCUAUGGUGGCUUUAGAGAAGAUGCAGGUAUUUUCUACCCCAGGGCUCAAUGGCACUGACAGCAGGCUGUCCCUGAUGCCUUCUAAGUACUCAAUGACAGUGAUGAUGUUCAUCAUGAUGCUGAGCUUUUACUACUUCUCCCGCCACGUGGAAAAACUGGCUCGGACACUGUUCCUGUGGAAGAUUGAGGUCCAUGACCAGAAAGAACGUGUGUAUGAGAUGCGACGAUGGAACGAGGCCUUAGUCACCAACAUGUUGCCCGAGCAUGUUGCACGCCAUUUCCUGGGGUCCAAGAAGAGAGAUGAGGAGCUGUACAGCCAGUCUUACGAUGAGAUUGGAGUCAUGUUCGCUUCCCUGCCCAACUUUGCUGACUUCUACACUGAGGAGAGCAUCAAUAAUGGUGGCAUUGAGUGUCUACGCUUCCUCAAUGAGAUCAUCUCUGACUUCGACUCUCUCUUAGAUAAUCCCAAAUUCCGGGUCAUCACCAAGAUCAAAACCAUUGGCAGCACCUACAUGGCAGCUUCAGGAGUCACCCCAGAUGUCAACACCAAUGGCUUUACCAGCUCCAGCAAGGAGGAGAAGUCGGAUAAGGAACGCUGGCAGCACCUGGCUGACCUGGCGGACUUUGCACUAGCCAUGAAGGAUACACUUACAAACAUCAACAACCAGUCAUUCAACAACUUCAUGUUGCGCAUAGGCAUGAACAAAGGAGGAGUUCUUGCUGGAGUCAUUGGAGCCCGGAAACCACACUAUGACAUCUGGGGCAACACAGUCAACGUGGCCAGCAGGAUGGAGUCCACAGGGGUCAUGGGUAACAUCCAGGUGGUAGAAGAAACGCAAGUCAUCCUCCGAGAAUAUGGCUUCCGCUUUGUACGACGAGGCCCCAUCUUUGUGAAAGGGAAAGGGGAGCUUCUGACCUUUUUCUUGAAGGGCCGGGAUAGGCCGGCUGCCUUCCCUAAUGGCUCCUCUGUUACACUGCCCCACCAAGUGGUGGACAACUCCUGAUGGCCUCUGGCCCACAAUGGUCCCCAUAGGAAGGGAGAUGUCAAUUUUUGGAAGUGAAGAAAGGCUUUGGGAAAGGGCAGAUGACCAAGUCCCAGCGUUCUCAAAUUGUUGAAGUGCACAUUCCCAUAGACUUUAGGUUUCAAAUUCCUCAAGCCUUCCUUUGUGGAGAUGUGAGCUCUGAGGGUGGCCAUACUACUCCUCAGUAUGCCUGUAGCUUCCCCAGAGUAGGGGUCUUAGGUGUAGUCUUGGAAUGGUCUUUCCAGAGCCUUUGUUCCAACUCAGUCCUUCAUCCCCUAGAGAGGCCAUGGCCACUGUGAACAGGACUGCGGCAGGAGUGGAAUAAAGCUGCCUUAGCUGCUGGGCUGGGCAUACACAUAGGGGAGCUCUGUUGAAAGGAGGGCUCAACAGGCCCAAGACUGCUGGAGACUGCUCCACUCCCAUCUGGAACUGACGGCAGUGCUUUUCAUUGUGAGGAGAAGCGCUCCAUGGAGACCUGGUUGCCUCCCUAUGGUCGACUUAGGUUCAAUGGCCCUUAUCCUGAUGUUCCUGAUAAUCUUGAAAGGUUCUUCUGGAACCCCGUGUCACCUUAGUCAUGAGAGCAGUAAGUGCAAUAUUUUCUUUCACCUGGUGGGGGGGAGAGGGGUUAUUUCUGAAAGAAAAAUAUAUAAACAGAUCUUCUACAUUUAUAUUUUUAACCUGUUUAAAAAAAACUUUCCGAUAUUGCCUUGCCUUUUGAGCUCUUGCUACAGUCGCCUUUGCUACUGCUUUAAAAGAGAAUUUACAGGUAUUGAUAAAGAACAAGACUGUUUUAUUAAAAGCUUUACUCAACUUGA